AUGGCUCCUCCGACCUCGAGGCCCGACCAUCACAUCAACCUCAACUACCUGCCCCAGCUCACCCCGAAUCAACCACGCUCCGGUUCUUCGACCACCGCCACUUCACCCAUCGAGCCGCCCACAGCGGGUAACAAUGUGAGGUAUCCUAUGGGCAAUGGGAGCAGCAUGGCAGCGAUUGGCAACGCGACUGCAACGGCACGUAUUGGUGCUGGCUCCCCAUCCCAUGACUACGGCAGCAGGCUCUUUUCAAAGCGGGCCCGAGAGAUCCAGGCACAGGAAGGGUUGAACCCUCAACUCUGGGGUCCUCCGACGAGCGGCAACUCCACGCCUCUGCGAGAGACCAUCCCCGAGUCGCCAAAUGGCGAGAGCUUCCCCGACUUCAACGCAGCCACUGGCAUGGAACAAGCUGCGCAGCAGACCCCGUCGACUCGGAGGACCAGGGCUGGAACUCUGCCCUCCAGGUUUUCGACUGCCGGCGUUCUCAACAGCCUAAAACCUCAGGCAUCUCUUCUCCCGCAGACGUCCCGGCCCACACCGUCUACUAGCCCCUUCAAGCCAGGCUCACACACUCCGACUGAUCUGGGGGGAUUUGGCUCGAGCGGCUCUGGCACGAAGUCAUCGGCCAUGCUUUCGCGCAUGAGGGCUGGUUCGAUGCCUCAGCGCCCAGGCUAUCUCUCGAACUCCAACCCCUUCGGCUCGUCGGUUUUUUCGUCGAACUGGGCCAGUGGCCGCGAGCGUGGCAACACACUCGCCAGCAUCCGUUCCUCGGAGGAUCCCUCGUCCCCUGCACACUCCCAUUUCUCGGGCCAGUCGCUUGCCGACAACGACGUCAAGACCCUGGAUUACCUCGGCCUUGUCGAUACGCCUCAGCAAUCACGCGCGACGCUCGCUCCUUCCGACAUUGAAAUCAUGUUAGAAAACCAACGGAACGGGCUUCAACCGAACAUGAUCGCCAAUCUCGCUGCCAUGAACAAGCAGAACGCCGCGAACCGCUUUAGAUCAUACUCGGUCAACGCGAAAGAGAAAUACGCCGAUGAGGAAGAGGAGGAGAUGGAGCAUAUGGGGUACGGUUCGUACAGCGGAACUUUGACGCCCACGCCUGAGGCCAGCGCCGCUGCCUAUGCCAACAUUCACGAAGCCGUUCGUCAGCACAACCUGGAAGUACAGGCUUUCGCGAACUUUGCCAGCGCGAGUCGUCCGAGAGCCCGGACUGCAGGUGUUCUUGAGUCUCCAUCUACUCGUCUCUUGCGCAACUAUCUUCCCACCUCUUCCAGAUUGGACAGCAGCAUCAGCGCAUCCGACCUCCAGCUGAGCGAGGAAGCUGAGUACAACGGCCUGACUGAAGCAGUCCAAAGUUUGAACCUCAAUGGUAAGCCAAUGCCAGAAGCAACGGGCGAGGAGAACACUCUUGAAGGUCCCACCAGAGCUUUGUGGCUUGGCAACAUUCCUUCGUCUACUACGGUUUCAUCUUUGAACGUCAUCUUCAGUGUUUUCGGUCCCAUUGAGUCUACCAGGGUUCUCACGCACAAGAACUGCGGGUUCGUCAAUUUCGAGAACUUGGAGAGCGCCGUUCGUGCCAAGCAGCAGUUGAAUGGCAAGGAAAUCUUUCCUGGCGCGGGACCAGUCCGCAUUGGCUACGCUAAGGUCCCUAGCGCUUCUGGUACUCCGGGUCAUAACGGACUCUACCCAUCGCCGAGCCCUGACCCGAACUCGAAGACCCAGGGAGAUGGAUCGUCCCAGGCAGCUGGUACCGCUGCUAACCGCCAGGCCAAGGACGUGCGUGUGGAAACCAGCUCCGCGCCUCUGACUACACCCAACCUCAAGGAAAUGCAAAGCGACAUUAUCCAGAUUGUGAAGGAGCUAGGCGCGACCGACGAAGAGGCCAUGAACAUCGCAGCAAAUGUUUCGCACGCUUUCGAUAUCGAUCAGUACGAGCCCGAAGUCCCGCCAAUUCCAGAGCCAUCGCACAACAGGGUUCACGAUGCCCCGAGGCUCCGCGAAAUUCGCAAGAGGAUCGACAACAACUCCUGCACUCAAUCUGAGAUUGAGGAUGUCGCUAUGGCCAUGCUCCCCGAAGUUGCGGAAUUGUCUUCGGACUACCUUGGUAACACCGUGGUGCAGAAGCUGUUCGAAUACUGCUCUGAGAGCGUAAAGGAAGCCAUGCUCGCAGAAAUCGCCCCUCACAUGGCUGAGAUUGGUGUACACAAGAACGGCACCUGGGCCGCGCAGAAGAUCAUCGAUGUGGCCAGGACCCCCGUGCUCAUGAAGUUGGUUGUCGACAGCCUUCGUCCGUAUGCGAUGGCCCUGUUCCUUGAUCAAUUUGGCAACUAUGUCAUGCAGGGCUGCUUGCGCUACCAGUGCCCCCUCAACAACUUUAUUUUUGAGGUCAUGCUGGGCCGCCUCUGGGACCUCGCUCAGGGCAGGUUCGGUGCCAGAGCCAUGAGAGCUUGCCUGGAGAGCCACUUCGCUACGAAGGACCAACAAAGAAUGAUUGCAGCUGCAAUCGCGCUGCACAGUGUCCACCUUGCUACGAACGCCAACGGAGCUCUUCUCCUGACUUGGUUCUUGGACACAUGCACUUUCCCUCGUCGCCGUACUGUCCUUGCGCCACGUCUUGUGCCUCACUUGGUGCACUUGUGCACCCACAAGGUUGCUUAUCUCACGGUUCUCAAGAUCAUCAACCAGCGGAACGAGCCCGAGGCCCGUGAUACUGUUCUGAAGGCUCUCUUCUUCUCACCCAACGACGAAACCUUGGAGGCUAUUCUGCGCGAUCAGUCUUGCGGUGCUACGCUCAUCUUCAAGGUUCUGACUACCCCGUUCUUUGAUGAGAAGAUCCGCCCCGAAGUCGUGCAGAAUGUUCGCAACGUCCUGCUUCGCAUCAAGGCUCAACCCGCUCAGGGCUACAAGCGUUUGAUGGACGAGGUUGGUCUCUCUACGCGUAGCGGCGGUCCCAACCCGCGUGACAACCACGUGCGGGAUAUGUCGCCUGCUUCCCGUCCUGGCUCCAAACAAGCCAAUAUUUCAAAUGGCGGUGCGCACCAGCAAUCGGCAGGCACUCCCGAAAGCCAGAUGAACCGACCCUUCUUCCCACCCGGGAUGCCGCAGCCACAGUUCGAUCCUGCCCUAAGCCUCCAGCGUACCGCCAGCAUGGAUAGCCAAGGUUUCGACCAGUCGGCCUUCCUUCCCAAUGGUCUCGGAGGUUACGGUGCCAACCCUAACCUCGCUAUCGCCGCGCAGUACCAACAGGCUAUGCUGGCGGCUGCUCAGCAGCAAUCGCGUGGCGGCCCGGCUGCCUUUGGCUACCCUCCUAUGAACGGCAUGGGUGGCAUGCCCGGCGGUGUCGGCAUGAACGGCUUCCCGGCUGCCACUGGUGGCCCUGGGGAUGCUUUCCGCAGCAGCCCUCUUGGCGGUGCGCCAGGUCUCGGUAUGGCACCUGGUUUCGGGCAGCCCGCUCCCGCUCCAAUGAUGGGUUUCCAGGGGUCUCCUGUGGUUGCGCCGCAGGCUCCUUUCGGAUAUCCCCCUAUGGGCUACGGUGUCCCCCAGCUGGGGCAGCAAGGGGUUCAGCAGCAACAAGCAGCAACAGGCGGCCGCAGGAACAGGAGAUGA